CCCGGUACCGAGCGCGGGGCGAGUGUUGUAGCUGCUAUGGUGGAGUUUGCUUCGUAGCGCCCGAAGCCGGGCAGGGCUGGCCCACUCUCCGCCCUAGGGACUAGGCAGAACUUUGGGGGCGCCUCAAGCCCGGGCGGCCUGACGCAGCGGUGAGGCAGAACUGCUUUGUGGCUUGUGUGAUUUCUAGCAGAGAUUUGCCUGUCCAAGUCGGUAGUGAAAAUGCACAUUAAGUCAAUCAUUCUUGAGGGAUUCAAGUCCUAUGCUCAGAGGACUGAAGUCAAUGGUUUCGACCCCCUCUUCAAUGCUAUCACUGGUUUAAAUGGCAGUGGGAAAUCCAACAUAUUGGACUCCAUCUGCUUUUUGCUGGGCAUCUCCAACCUGUCUCAGGUUCGGGCUUCUAAUUUACAAGAUUUAGUUUACAAAAAUGGGCAGGCUGGUAUUACCAAAGCCUCAGUGUCAAUCACCUUUGAUAAUUCUGACAAAAAGCAGAGUCCUUUAGGGUUUGAAGUUCAUGACGAAAUUACAGUAACAAGACAGGUGGUUAUUGGUGGCAGAAAUAAAUAUUUAAUCAAUGGAGUAAAUGCAAACAAUACCAGAGUACAGGAUCUCUUUUGUUCCGUUGGCCUUAAUGUUAACAACCCUCACUUUCUCAUCAUGCAGGGCCGAAUUACAAAAGUUUUGAAUAUGAAACCUCCAGAGAUUUUGUCCAUGAUAGAAGAAGCAGCUGGAACCAGGAUGUAUGAAUACAAAAAAAUAGCUGCCCAGAAAACUAUAGAAAAAAAGGAGGCUAAGCUGAAAGAAAUUAAGACGAUACUUGAAGAAGAAAUUACUCCAACCAUUCAAAAAUUAAAAGAGGAAAGAUCUUCCUACUUGGAGUACCAAAAGCUAAUGAGAGAAAUAGAACAUUUGAGUCGUUUAUAUAUUGCUUAUCAGUUUUUGCUGGCUGAAGAUACCAAAGAACGCUCAGCUGAGGAGUUAAAAGAAAUGCAGGAUAAAAUUGUGAAACUUCAAGAAGAGUUGUCUGAGAAUGACAAAAAAAUAAAAGCACUUAGUCAUGAAAUAGAAGAGUUGGAAAAAAGAAAAGAUAAGGAAAUUGGAGGUAUACUCCGAUCUUUAGAAGAUGCUCUUGCAGAAGCUCAGCGAGUCAAUACUAAAUCUCAAAGUGCCUUUGAUUUCAAGAAGAAAAAUCUGGCAAGUGAAGAGAACAAACGCAAAGAGCUGGAAAAAAAUAUGGUAGAGGAUUCUAAAACUUUAGCAGCAAAGGAAAAGGAGGUUAAAAAGAUAACAGAUGGGCUGAGUGCCCUUCAAGAAGCAAGUAAUAAAGAUGCUGAAGCUUUGGCUGCUGCACAGCAGCACUUCAAUGCUGUUUCUGCUGGCCUGUCCAGUAAUGAAGAUGGAGCAGAAGCAACUCUUGCUGGUCAAAUGAUGGCCUGUAAAAAUGACAUAAGUAAAGCUCAGACAGAAGCCAAACAGGCUCAGAUGAAGUUGAAACAUGCCCAACAAGAAUUAAAGACUAAACAAACUGAACUUAAGAAGAUGGAUGGUGGCUACAGGAAGGAUCAAGAAGCAUUAGAAGCUGUGAAGAAACUUAAAGAAAAACUUGAAGCUGAAAUGAAAAAGCUGAAUUAUGAAGAAAACAAGGAGGAAAGCCUUUUGGAAAGGCGCAGGCAGCUAUCUCGUGAUAUCAGUAGAUUGAAAGAAACAUAUGAAGCUCUUUUGGCCAGAUUUCCCAAUCUUCGAUUUGCCUACAGGGAUCCAGAGAAGAACUGGAAUAGAAAUUGUGUGAAAGGACUUGUAGCUUCACUGAUUAGUGUGAAAGAUACUUCUGCAACCACAGCUUUAGAAUUGGUGGCUGGGGACCGACUCUACAAUGUUGUAGUAGACACAGAGGUUACUGGAAAAAAGCUACUAGAAAAGGGAGAAUUGAAGCGUCGAUACACUAUAAUUCCACUCAAUAAAAUUUCAGCCAGAUGUAUUGCUCCAGAAACUCUGAGGGUUGCUCAGAAUCUUGUUGGCCCUAAUAAUGUUCAUGUGGCUCUUUCCCUGGUUGAAUACAAACCAGAACUCCAGAAAGCAAUGGAAUUUGUCUUUGGAACAACAUUUGUUUGUGACAGUAUGGAUAAUGCAAAAAAAGUAGCUUUUGAUAAAAGGAUAAUGACUAGAACUGUAACUCUAGGAGGUGAUGUAUUUGAUCCUCAUGGGACAUUGAGUGGAGGUGCUCGAUCCCAGGCAGCUUCUAUUUUAACCAAGUUUCGAGAACUCAAAGAUGUUCAAGAUGAGCUGAGAAUCAAGGAGAAUGAGCUACAGGCUCUAGAAGAGGAAUUAGCAGGUCUCAAAAACACUGCUGAAAAGUAUCGCCAACUAAAACAGCAGUGGGAGAUGAAAACUGAGGAGGCAGAUUUAUUACAAACCAAACUUCAGCAAAGCUCCUAUCACAAGCAACAGGAAGAAUUAGAUGCUCUUAAAAAAAUCAUUGAGGAAAGUGAGGAGACCUUAAAAAACACCAAAGAAAUUCAAAAAAAAGCAGAAGAAAAAUAUGAAGUAUUGGAGAAUAAAAUGAAAAACGCAGAAGCUGAAAGAGAGAGAGAACUGAAGGAUGCACAGAAAAAACUAGAUUGUGCCAAAACGAAAGCAGAUGCUUCUAGCAAGAAAAUGAAGGAAAAACAACAGGAAGUUGAAGCUAUCACCCUGGAGUUGGAAGAGCUCAAGAGAGAGCAUGUAUCCAAUGAACAACAGCUUGAAGCUGUAAAUGAAGCUAUCAAAUCCUAUGAAGGUCAGAUUGCAGUAAUGGCAGCUGAGGUGGCUAAAAAUAAGGAGUUAGUAAAUAAAGCUCAAGAAGAGGUGACCAAGCAAAAAGAAGUGAUAACAGCCCAAGACAGCAUAGUUAAAGCUAAAUAUGCAGAAGUAGCAAAACAUAAGGAGCAAAACAAUGAAUCUCAGCUUAAAAUUAAGGAACUGGACCACAACAUCAGCAAACAUAAACGGGAAGCUGAAGAUGCUGCUGCAAAGGUGUCCAAAAUGUUGAAAGAUUAUGACUGGAUUAAUGCAGAGAAACACCUCUUUGGGCAACCCAAUAGCACCUAUGAUUUCAAAACUAACAACCCAAAAGAAGCUGGUCAGAGACUUCAGAAGUUGCAGGAAAUGAAGGAGAAACUUGGAAGAAAUGUCAACAUGAGAGCUAUGAAUGUACUGACAGAAGCUGAAGAGCGGUAUAAUGACUUGAUGAAGAAGAAGAGGAUUGUAGAAAAUGACAAAUCCAAAAUCCUUGCAACUAUAGAAGACCUUGACCAGAAGAAAAACCAAGCUCUAAAUAUUGCUUGGCAAAAGGUGAACAAGGACUUUGGAUCUAUUUUUUCUACUCUUUUGCCUGGUGCUAAUGCUAUGCUUGCACCACCAGAAGGGCAAACUGUAUUGGAUGGUCUGGAGUUUAAGGUGGCCUUAGGAAAUACUUGGAAAGAAAACUUAACUGAACUUAGUGGUGGUCAGAGGUCUUUAGUGGCUUUGUCAUUAAUACUGUCCAUGCUCCUCUUCAAACCUGCUCCGAUAUACAUCCUGGAUGAGGUAGAUGCAGCCUUGGAUCUGUCUCAUACUCAGAAUAUUGGACAGAUGCUACGUACUCAUUUCACACAUUCUCAGUUCAUUGUGGUGUCCCUAAAGGAAGGUAUGUUCAACAAUGCAAAUGUCCUUUUCAAAACCAAGUUUGUGGAUGGUGUUUCUACAGUAGCCAGAUUUACUCAGUGUCAAAAUGGAAAAGUUCCAAAGGAAACCAAAUCCAAGGCAAAAGGACCCAAAUGACCACAUAUGGAAGUUAAAAGUACAAAUUUACUCUUUCACCUUGACUUGUUUUUUAAACAAACUUUUUAAGAACUUAAGAUUCAUAUAAUUUGUUUAUAUAAAAGUUUAAUAUUAUUUUGUUACCUGACCCAUUUUCUCUUCCUUUAUAUAAUCACUUAUAAAUGAGUCAAUUCCUGUUCUGAAUUAGUGUUAACUAUGGUCCAAUUACUGUAAUUGUGAUUUUAUGUGUGUCAUCAAAUGUUUUUUUCUAACACAAGUCUUUUAUAUUAUUAGGGAGCCUAAGAUACAUAGUUGGUGGUAAAUUUUCUAUGUAAAAGCAAAAAAAUUAUAAAGAAACAGAUGAAAUUAAAUUAUAGGAUAAAUAUAGCUGAUAAUCAGCUUUUAAUAAUUAGCUAAUUCCUAAGGUAAUAUGAGUGUGUUUUCUAUUGCUAAUAAUGUUAUUCAGGUAAGGAAGAACUAGAAAGCAAGUAGCUGGACCAACAAAGGGAACACAGAAAGCCAUUAGGCAUGCACCUAGCUAUUUGUGGUUACUUCCUUAAGGACAGUGCCAGAUCCCUGAUUUAGACUCAGGUGGGAAGCAGAUCUUAAAAGACUUAUGUCAUUUUAAUGAUGUUUGAAUAUCAUGUUUCGAUAGGCUUAGGAAUUGGUCUGUGCAGUCUUGUUUUUUAAAAAUCUUUAUAAGUAUUUUAAUAAACACUUGGGAGAAAAGUAUGUUGCAUGCUGCUCGCUGUUGCAAGCUUAUCUUAAGUCUCCUAAUAUUUUCAAAGAUUUUUGUCAGCCUUUUCAUAAUCCAAUCAAUAAUCUAUUAGUGAGUGAGAAUAUAGGAGCCAGCAGACUAAACCAAAUUUAUCUUUUUCCUUUAGUCUGAUCCAUAUAUAUAUAUAUAUAUAUAUAUAUAUCCAUCUGUUCUACCAAAAGGACUCAAAAUUUGAUGAUUAUUAUAUUUCUUAGUGUCCUCUGCUUUCCAGUUCAAAACCAUGAAUUUCCUUUAAGAUUUCAAAAGAUGGCACUAACAAACACCGUAAGAAUACUGUAUUUGGUUCUUAGUAUCUCUUAGUACAUGCCUAGAGCCAUGUCUUCGAAACUCCAAAUCUUCAAAGUUCUGACAUGAUCUAAUCUGACCUUGGGUAUGUUAUUUUGGCCCCACAUUUCUUCUUAAUACUUGAAUCUUAGUUCCUUUGUGGUAUCCUUUUCCUAAUAUAUGCUCAUACUUCCUGGCCCUGAAUUUAAUAUUUGUCAUCCUUUAUCCUCAUACAUACCUGAGGAUAUCAGAUAACACCCAGGUAACUGAUACUGUGGGCACAUUGGAAAGACUGAGUAUGGAAUUAGUUCUGUCCACUGUGGAAGGAGAAGGAGACAAAGAUAUAAAUGCUGAGUUACAGGAAGUCCAGUAUCACAUGCAGUAGAUCUAAGUAUAUUUCUUUCCAAGUAUAUUGCAAAUCAUUUGCCAAAAAAGAAUUACAUCAAAUCACAGUCACCAAUAUAGUAUACCUGUUGACUACAACCUAAUCAGCACUGACUGUUAAUUUUAAUACUUCUAAUUUACUAGUUAUAAAAUGGUAUUUAAUUGCUGUUUUAAUUAUCAUUUUGUAAGUAACUUGUGGGAUUGAAUAUUUUGCAUAUGUACUAAUUUUCUUUCCUCUGCUAACAAAUUUUCUAUUUGUUUGCUUUCCUAAUUUUUGUCUCUGUAUAAUCUUGCUUUUUGAUGGAAAUCCUCAAACAUAUUAAAUUUUUGUGAGUAAUGUUGUCAUUAUUCUUUGAUUAGGGGGAACACAUUAAGGGGAAUGGGAACAUUUGUUUCACACAUCUGCAGUAAUGUAUUUAUUGAGCUUUUUCUAUACAUUAGACACUAUUUUCAUUUGCAUAUGUUUUCACACUUAAUCAUAGUAAUCAUCUAGUGAGGUAAGUAAGUACUGUUAUCAUCAGCACUAUAUAAUUGAAGAAAUUGAAUUGAGCAGAGAAGUUAAGAAACUUGCCCACAGUGUUUAUACAGUUAAUGAAUAGCAGAGCCAAGAUACAAAUCUUAGUAGCUGGUCUCCAGAACCUAUUAUACACUACCUGACAGCUGCAAACACCUGCAUUUAUUGUACACAGUAAAUUUAAGAGAGGUCUGGAUGACUAGUAUGUACAAUGUGAAAAUUAUCUUUGGGAAGAACCUCAGACGUUUGAAGAAGGGAUUCCUUGUAUUUUUAUUCUGGCAUUUCAGGUAUGGUAAUAGCAAAUGCAAAGGCAAAGACUUGAGAAUCCCUCUUCCAUGUGGCGGAGUAAUCUAAAAGGUCAGUACUCCCACAGUCAUGUCAUUUGCAAAUAAGAGUGAUGAGAGCUGACAUAUUUGACUUUUCCCCAAGAUUAGGAGCAAGGUAUUCAGUCUUUCACCACUGAAUAUAAUGUUAGCAAUAGGCUUUUGGUAGAUAUUCUUUAUGAAGUUAAAGAAGUUCCCUUCUAUUCCAAGUUUCAUCAUAAUUUUGUCAUGGAUGGGUGUUGAAUUUUCUCAAUGCUUUUUCUGCAUUGAUAUGACCAGAUGACUUUUUCUUUACACCUGUUAAUAUUAUGAAUUUACAUUGCUUAAUUUUUGAAUAUUAAACAAGCCUCGUAUCCCUGGAAUAAACCCUACUUGGUCAUGAUGUAUAUUUCUUUUUAGGUAUUGCUGGAUUCUAUUUGCCGAUAGUUUGAUCAUGAUUUUUGUGACCAUGAGAGGCAUUAUUCUGUAGGGUUUUUGUUUUUUUUUUUCUUCUACUUUUUGGUUUUAGGGUAAUACUAGAUUUAUAAAAUGAAUUUGGAAAUGUUUCCUCUUCUGUUUUCUGGAGGGUUGUAUAGAAUUGGUGUUAAUUCUUUAACUAUUUUGUAG